AUUCGGCCACCAUUGUUCUGGCAACUCUAAAAAUCAUUUUCCUUCCUUCUUGUGCCCCUGUAAGAUACUCGCAGUGCAGAUUGAUUGAGUUCCAUUUCUUCUCUGACCUCUGUGGGUCGCGGAUGGUGAUGCAAUUGGAGGAGGAGGAGGACCUUUCACGACUCCAUUUAAAGUUUAAACAAUUCUCCGCAGUUUUUAAUUGAGGCGAAGACCGGUGUCUUUUACCUUUUUUGUUUGUAUUUGUUUCUUUCGAGCGGAAUCCUGUUACGAAAAGCCUGCCAUUGAUACUACUUUGCCGAAUCUCUGGAAAGAGUUGCACAUGCAUGACUCCAACUUCUUGUUUGGAAUUGUUUAUUUGCGACGAUUCCAUUAAUCUGUUCUUCUGAACUUGUCAUCUCCAGAUCUAUUGUUGGUGUUUAGAUUUGGAUUUGGGGGAGUUUUGAAGCAGGUGUGGAAUUAGUUACCAGAGAGUAUGCAUAAUUCUGUGUCUGAGCACAGCUUCUAUAUAGAGAGUGAUGAAGAAGAAGAGGUUGAGAAGAAGGGUGAAGAAGACCAUGGAGAAGCUGGGAUUGGAAACAGUUCCGAAUCCGAAUCUUCGGUUUACUCUACUGAUAAUGACGAUGAACAUAAUCAGCAAGCUCAGCCUAGUUCUGUAAUCCCCUCUUGGCCUCAAAGUUACAGGCAAUCCAUUGAUCUGUACGGUAGCGUGCCAUCCCCAACCAUUACCUUUCUUGGGGCGUCAUCAUUGACACGUUUAGGCAGUUCAUUCUUUUCAUCCUCGCUUACAAGGAGGCACACUCCCGAGAUACUGCCUUCGCUGAGCAAGCCUCUAAUACCCUCCGUGGAUGAUGAGAAACCUAAAGAGAAACAGAGUUCACAUUCUCUUUUGCCCCCGAGGAAACCUACCAUACCAAAACUAACGCCUGAUGCGAAAGUUUCCACCGGACAUGAACUCCCGAUUUCUCGCCAAAGUUCAUAUGGCCAGGCUGUGCUAAAUGGCAUGAAUGUGCUAUGCGGUGUCGGAAUUCUUUCCACUCCUUUCGCAGUCAAACAAGGUGGAUGGAUUAGUCUUUCGAUUUUGUUUAUUUUUGCUAUACUUUCGUACUACACCGGAAUCCUCCUUAGGCGCUGUCUAGAUAGUAAAACAGGGCUCGAAACAUACCCGGACAUUGGUCAAGCUGCCUUUGGUACUUUGGGACGAAUUGUCAUAUCUAUUAUUUUGUACGUGGAGUUAUAUUCUUGCUGCAUCGAAUACAUUAUUCUGGAGAGUGAUAACUUAUCGUCUUUGUUUCCGAAUGCACAUUUAAACCUCGGAGUCCUUGAACUCGACUCUCAUCAUCUUUUCGCUGUGAUGACUGCCCUCGCUGUUCUUCCAACAGUGUGGUUACGGGAUAUGACCAUUCUCAGCUACAUCUCAGCUGGAGGAGUUGUAGCAUCGAUCUUGGUGGUUGCUUCUUUGUUCUGGGCUGGUUUAGUCGAUCAAGUUGGAUUCGAAUCUAAAGGAACGACGUUCAACCUUUCUACCCUUCCUGUUGCUAUCGGUCUCUACGGUUAUUGCUACUCGGGGCACGCAGUUUUCCCAAACAUCUAUACGUCGAUGAAGAAUCGUAACCAGUAUCCUUCCGUUCUCCUGGCGAGCUUCGGAAUCUGCACUUUGAUGUACGCUGCAGUUGCUGUUCUUGGGUAUAUGAUGUUUGGAGACUCGACGGAAUCACAGUUCACUCUCAACAUGCCUCACAAUUUAGUCGCCUCUAAAAUCGCACUUUGGACUACGGUCGUCAAUCCAUUCACAAAAUAUGCGCUGACAAUGACUCCGGUGGCGAUGAGUCUCGAAGAAUUAAUCCCAUCAAACCACGGCAUGACAUACGUAUACUCGAUCUUCAUAAGAACGGCUUUGGUUAUAUCCACAUUGUUCUUAGGCCUUAGCAUCCCUUUUUUCGGUCUGGUGAUGGCCUUGAUCGGUUCUUUACUCACAAUGCUCGUCACGUUGAUUCUGCCGUGCGCUUGCUACCUGAGCAUUUCGAGGGGCAAAAUAACCGUUUUCCAGGGCACGAUGUGCACGGUGGUGAUCGGCGUCGGGCUGGUGUCGGCGGCGUUCGGAACGUAUUCAGCCGUGUCGCAGAUCGUCGAGAAUCUGAUCUGAGUGAUUGAAGCAUGUGUGCAUUUAUGCGUGUUCUUCCCACAUGCAGGUGCACAAUUGUCCUGUUUGAUUAUUGUUUCUUUUGUUCUGCCAUGCUGCUUCUUGUUUUUCUUCUAAAAUCAAAUUAUUAUUAUUAUUAUUAUUAUUAUUAUUAUUAUUAUUAUUUUA